AUGGGUGUUGGUCGCCGUAUGAAGAAGCAGGGCCCUCCGGCCCCGCUCGACGAGUCAAAAAUCACUAUGCUCAAGAAACGCAAGGCUGGCGUGGCAGAGGCGCCUCCGAAGCCUGCACCAGCAAAGCGUCGCAGAUCCGAUGCCGAUGAGGCUGGCUCGAAGAAGGAAGCCCCUAAGAAGAAGAAGGUCAAUGAUGCACCUCCAAAGCCCCAGCCGAAGAAGCAGCCAUCGGCCUCAAAGAAGCCCAUUCCUGUGCCUAUGUCUGAUGAUGACGAAGAUAUGGAGGAUGACGAUGAGUUCGAUGAUCUUGAUGGGAUCAGUGAAGGCUCAAUGGAUAGCGAUGAUGAAGUCGAAGGAUUGUCGGAUCUGGAGGAUGAUAACUCAGUUGUUGAUUCUGACGAGGAGCGCCAAACUCGUGGAGCCAUGUUUUCUGACGACGAGGAUUCCGAGGCCGAGGAGAGGUUGACCGCCGCAAACAUCGAGGGUCUGUCGCGGAAAUUGGAUGCCGAGCAGGAGCAGGAGAACGAAGAGGCCGAGCAGGAAUUGCAGGAGGCCGCCCUGCAGACCAACAUCGCUGCACCCGACGUGUUCGCCGACCAAAACCAGCAGGGACUCGCUCCUGACCUGCAGCUGCUUCGCCAGCGUAUCACAGACACCAUUCGAAUUCUGGGUGAUCUGAAGACCCUCGGCCAACCCGGAAAGUCACGUACUGAUUACAUCGAUCUCCUUCUUGACGAUAUCUGCACUUACUAUGGUUAUACCCGAUUCUUGGCCGAGAAGCUGUUCAACCUGUUCACUCCUAUGGAAGCCUUUGCGUUCUUCGAGGCCAACGAGACCCCUCGCCCUGUCGUUAUCCGUACCAAUACCCUGCGAACCAACCGCCGAUCACUCGCCCAAGCCCUUAUCAACCGUGGUGUUGUCCUUGAGCCCGUUGGUAAAUGGUCCAAGGUUGGCCUACAGGUUUUCGAGUCCCCGGUCCCCCUGGGUGCCACUCCCGAGUACCUCGCCGGCCACUACAUUCUCCAGGCAGCCUCCUCUUUCCUUCCCGUCAUGGCUCUCGCUCCCCAGCCUAAUGAGCGUGUCCUCGAUAUGGCAUCUGCCCCCGGUGGUAAGACAACAUACAUGUCUGCUUUGAUGCGCAAUACUGGAUGCGUUGUCGCGAACGAUGCCAGUAAGCCUCGUGCCAAGGGUUUGAUUGGUAACAUCCACCGUCUUGGCUGCAAGAAUACUAUUGUGACGAACAUGGAUGCCCGCACUGCCUUCCCCAAGGCUAUGGGUGGCUUCGAUCGUGUUCUGCUUGAUGCUCCCUGCACUGGUACUGGUGUUAUCUCGAAGGAUCCCGGUGUCAAGACUUCCAAGAAUGAGCGUGAUUUCCUUGCUAUUCCCCACAUGCAGCGCCAGCUUCUUUUGGCUGCAAUUGACUCCGUGGAUCACGCCUCCAAGACCGGUGGAUACGUUGUCUACUCUACUUGCAGUGUGACGGUCGAAGAGAACGAGGCUGUCGUGCAGUAUGUGCUUCGUAAGCGUCCCAAUGUCAAAAUUGUGGACACUGGUCUCGGUAGCUUCGGCAGCCCUGGAUUCCUCAGCUACAUGGGCAAGACUUUCGAUCCUAAGAUGGCGCUCACCCGCCGUUACUUCCCGCACCGCGAGAACGUCGAUGGUUUCUAUGUCUGCAAGCUCAAGAAGACUGCCGUGACCCCUGUUGCCAAGUCAGAGGAUAAAGAGUCCCGAUCUAAGGGCCCCAAGAAGGCUCGCACUGCUUCCUCAGCCGCGUCCUCGGAUGAUGAGGAGGUCGUUGACCGUACUCCCAUUGUUGAUGAGAACGGACAUGCCGCUGAUUUCGAGGGGGGUGCAUUCACCGCGUUCGAGGAUCCCGAGGACGUCGAGCGCAUUGCUCGUGCCGAGCGCAACCGUCUACGCCGCAAGGGUCUCAACCCCAAGGGUGUUCUGAACAAGCCUAAGAAGACCAAGGCACAGGUGUCAGAGGAGACAAGCGAAACAUCGGCUCCAAUCCAGGGAGAAGAGCCUAAGCCAACUACCUCAAAGAAGUCCACUAAUGAGCCAAAAGGCGAGAAGAAGACUGUGACCAAGGAAGUUAAGGCCAAGGAAGAAAAGAAGCCAAUCACAGCGGAAAAGGAAGAGAAGAAGACCAAGGAAGAGAAGAAGACCGUGGCCAAGGGCAACGGGGCGAAGAAGGAUAAGAAGCCGGCCAAGAAAGCCAGCAAAUGA